GUACGACGAUGAGUUUCCCAAUUUGCAGAUGUGAAAGAAAUGGCAGCGGUUGAUAACAUUGUAACAAUUCCCGAGUUCUACCGUGGAAAGUCCGUUUUCGUGACGGGCGCAACGGGAUUCAUAGGGAAAGUGUUGAUUGAGAAGCUGCUCAGAAGUUGUCCCGAUAUUGGGUAUAUCUACAUUUUACUUCGCCCGAAGAGAAACGCUACUUUGGAGGAUCGGAUGAAAAAAAUAACUGAUAUAAUCCUGUUUGAUAAAGUGAAGGAGUUGUAUCCGGAGAAUAUAAAGAAACUGAAGUUCGUAGCCGGUGAUGUUUCUGAAAUAAAUUUAGGAUUAUCGUCUGCUGAUUACAAUUUACUUGUGAAGAACGUCGAUGUCAUUUUCCACAUAGCAGCUACUAUUAAGUUCCAGGCUCCUUUGAGUGAUUCUGUGUUGAUAAACACUAGAGGAACGAGGGAGAUCUGUAACCUGGCAUUGGCCAUUAAAAGAAAACCGAUCUUAGUACAUGUGUCCACGUCUUACUGCCAUCACGAAAAUAGAUGCAUAAAAGAAGAAAUAUACGAACCGUACGGUGAUUGGAGAAAGACAAUCAAAAUUGCAGAAAGUAUGGAUAGACAUAUUCUAAAUGUAAUUACUGCUAAAAUCAAGGGCAUCAAGGAAAAUACGUACAUUUUCACUAAAUCUCUGGCUGAGCAAGUCGUGCAAGACCUCUGUGUGGGGAAGAUUCCUACCAUAAUUCUGAGACCGGCAAUAGUGGUCGGUGUUCUCGAGGAUCCACUUCCCGGUUACUGUGAGGGUUUCUCCGGACAUAUAGGCAUCUUGGUCGGAGCAUUAUCAGGCCUUAUGCGAUGCAUUAACUUGAAGAAGUCGUACAGAUCGGAAUCGGUGCCGGUGGAUUUCAUUGCAAAAGGAUUGAUCAAUUCCGUUUGGUUGAAAGGAACUGGACAAAGCGAACAGCCUGUAAGCAUCUACAAUGGGUCCAGCAACAAUCUGAUGGAUUGGAACAACGAGACCUUUGCGAACGCAACAAAUUCAGCUUUCAUGAAAAUCAGAACGACCUACAGAUGGUACCCGCACUUUCAUUUAAUUGAAACCGACCUCUUUUUCUAUCUGUACUUCAUGAUUUUCCAACUGUUGCCUUGCAUUGUUGCAGAUUUCAUAAUCUGUUUGAAGAAAGGACAACCAAUCUUGAUCACUAUUCAGAGGAAAAUAUUUACCGGACUCUGCGUCCUCGAGUACUUCAAAUCCAACGAAUGGAAGAUCGAAAAUAAGAACUUUCUAUUUGCCGUUUCAGACGCACCGACCAAUCACGAAUUUAUUAUCGAUCCACAGGUCCACGAACACAAUUUCAUUGAAAAAAACAUCAUUAAACAUUUAAAUUUCAUCAACAAACAUUAUUUGAAACAGGAAUUUACUGAACAUCUCACGAGUCCCACAAAAUUCGCGAUAUUAAAAACUAUUUACUAUAUAGUCCAUACUAUUGUUUAUUCUACUAUAGGAUACGUGUUAUAUUCUGUCCUAUAUUGAACAGUUUAACGAUCGUCAAAAUAAAUACAAUUUAAGUAA